AUGGAUGCAUACGUUUGUUCCAAAGCUAAAGUCCCUAAAAGACUUUAUCGCAUUAACUAUCCAGAAAGCCAAACAGUGUUCUCUAGCACUACGGGGUUGAGCGCUGCAGAUACGACCAAGAUUUUUAGCGCCAAUGACUUGACCGAAUUUAAGCAGGCCAUAAGAAAUCAGUUUACGUGGGAUUUCCGGGGUAGUCCGCCAUUCAUUUCUCUCUUCUCCGACCGCGAGCAUGCUGAAAACUGGGGUUGCAAAGAGCCUUGGUGCGGAGAAGGAGGCCCAGUAGGCAAUCGGUCUCUACAUGUGAUCGAUACAACCAGAUUGGAAGGGACGAGUUACUUGUUCAAGCUUAACAUAUUGAUGGAAGUGCUUCAUCUCAGUAUUCCUGUAUGCGCCGGGGAGCAUAUCCGGGGAGCCUACCUGUGCCUUCACCACAUUCCUAGAACGGCAAUCGUGGAGACAAUGGACUGUAAACAAGUCAAA